AUGACCCCAUCCACCUCCUUAGACGGUCCUUCAGGGCAAGCGAAAGCGGAAGCUCAACUUCCGGCAGACUAUCAGUACCGCCUCGACGACUGCGAAAUGGCUCUGGCCCGCCAUCGCUUGAUCCGCGAUGGGCUGAAACGAGGCCUCCUAUGGUCAUACGCUAGCGUUGUCUUCGAUAGCUCACUCGUCUUUCUGGGUGGCUUCUUUGGGUGGCAGCGCUACCGUAUUGCCGACGCCCAGACGUCAUUCCUGCGUGGCCUCACCGUCAACCCGCUCAUCCGGCGCGUCUUUACGCCCAUACCGCUCCUUUCCAUGCUGGUAGCCAUGCUUGGUGUUUUCUGUCUUCCAGUUGAUCUUGCGGCGAUCAGCGUAGCACAGGAGCGCAUUCUUCUACAGGAGCGGGCAAUUGAAAACGGCAACCUCAUCCGACAGGAUAUUAUUUGUGAAGGCACGAAAGGCGUUGCCGCCUCACUAGCAGCAGAAGUGCCUAUUCAGUAA